GUUAAUCCUGGCGAACUUCAGUCCGCCAGACGUCAGCACCGCCAGCGUUCUCUGUUUUGCAAGCCAACUUCCCCAACGUCAUUCUUGGCCGCUGAAGAACUGAACUGAGCAGCUAAUUUGAAAUUCAGAUUCUCAAAGUGAUGACGACGAGGUCUCUGACACCAGAUCUGGUUUCUGUAAAGGACAUGCAGACUAGGUGAUGGCAGUAGUGUAAUGCACAUUUGAAAACAACAAUGGAUUUUACUGACAUAGGAGUUGAUCAGCAUGAAAUGAGUGGAAUUUCAAGGAAGCGCAGUCAUGCUGAGACAUUAAUGCCAGCUGUAGAAGAAAAGAACUUAACUCCCUUUACACCGCUUAAGAAACCAAUAGCAGAAACAGGCUACUCAUUUCAAGUGGCUAUUCCCUCACAGACAAAAGGAGGGAAAACCUCAUCUGGCAGAAUGAAGCGCUCUCACCAGCAGGCCUUCGCGGCACUUCCUCGACUUGGGGAGAGGGAGAAGCUUGAUAUUAGCUGUGAGUCUCUGGCCAAGCUUGAAAAGGAUAUGACCAUUUGUAAACCAGCCCCUUUUACGGAUGAUGAAGAAGCUGUGCGGGACAGGGAUGCCUGUGAUUACACUAAAAAGAUUACAUUGGAGAUGGCAAAAGCAGGAAGUGCCCCGCGGCCAAUCAGAGUUUACGCAGACGGUAUCUAUGACCUAUUCCACCAAGGCCAUGCUCGACAACUCAUGCAGGCGAAAAAUUUGUUUCCCAAUGUCUACCUUAUUGUUGGAGUAAACAGUGAUGCACUUACUCACCAGUGCAAGGGGCGGACAGUGAUGACUGAAGAUGAACGUUAUGAGGCUGUACGACACUGUCGUUAUGUUGAUGAAGUUGUGCCAGAUGCCCCGUGGACGUUGGAUGACGAGUUUUUGGAAAAACACAAGAUUGAUUUUGUUGCUCACGAUGAUAUCCCGUACACAACUGGAAGUGCUACUGACGUUUAUGCACACAUCAAGGCUCGGGGAAUGUUUAUCUCUACAGAGCGCACAGAGGGGGUAUCCACAAGUGAUGUUGUGUCGCGCAUAGUUAAAGACUACGAUGUGUACGUCAGAAGAAACUUGGCUCGUGGCUACAGUGCGAAGGAUCUCAAUGUUUCUUAUAUUAAUGAGAAGAAAUAUAGGCUUCAGAACAAGUUAGAUGACCUUAAAAAGAAAGGUAAAGAGAUGAUUGAAGACAUUGAGGGCAAGCGUACCGAUCUGAUCUCAAAGUGGGAGGAGAAGAGUCGGGAAUUUAUCGACACGUUCUUGAUGCUAUUUGGCCGUGACGGACGCCUGACUCAGUACCUGUCAGAGAAGAAAGACUCUGUCAUGAGUGCUCUAUCACCCCCAUCGUCUCCUAAAGCUAUCAGUCAUUCCUCAGAAGAGUGCAACAGCCCUCCUGCGAAAACUUCCAAGUUUGAUUUCUCAAGUCGUGCUGGUGCCUCACUAGUUGAUGAUGACUACUCUGAUGAUGACUUAGAGCCAGAGAGAAUGUAAAGAAUACCAAUGUAUUCUUUUAGACACUCCACUCCUUUACUGUUAAAGGAGAUAAUUUAUUCUUACCAAACAAUAUAUAGCUGCAUGUUGACUUUGACUAUUAAAGGUUUUAUCUAAUUUCAUCUCACAUUCUUUAAGUUGUUUGAUGGAUUUUUUAUUAUAAUCAAUCAAAGAGUUAACCAAAUUAUAUAAUACUGUACUAAUGUUUUGAUUUAGACAUUUAUCACAUGCUCUUGUCAAGACUCUGAAUACAGAAACUUAAUACUCCUUUUUUCAUCUCUGACUUUUGUGUUGCAGUGUUUUAAUAUGUUCAUCAGUGAGCUUCAUGACAUUUGUAAGUAAUACUAUCAAUUGCCAUCAAGAGGAAGGAGGAUCUAGAUUCUGCAAAUUUCCAAAUUUGUGGUGUAGUGUUACUCUGGACAAGUAACACAGUAAAUUCUCCCCUAACCUAAUUAAUUGGUGUACAGCCAGUGUGAUAAAAAGAUACUUUUGGUUCCUUGUGUAAUUUCUGGAUACUGUAUUCAUUAUAUAAAAGUCCCAAAAUUUACUUAAAUUUGGGCCCCCAUUAAGACUUCAAACCUUCCUGUUCCAAAUACCUUUGGUCUCUGGCUAGGGGAGGCCUUGAUGAAUAGAUUUGACACCAACACUUCUUUGAUAUACAGUAUCUGGCACUUUUUAUUUAUUUAUGCACACACACUCAUAUGCAGUAUAUAUUUCUCUUUUAGGAUAUAUUUUACCCAUGUACAGAUGUACAGUCGGCCAAAGAUGCACCGACCCCACCCUGGGUCUUGUGCUCACAAUUUUACCUGGCAACACUUGGUAAA